AUGGACGAGUUCAACCCUGAGCGCAUCCAGCCCGAGGACUGGUCUUUCCCUAACAGCCCCUCUUGCUCCUCGACGACGGCAGUCCUCAUCCACGACGGUGGAGGCACCACCUAUCCCUACCACUGUCUCGGCUCCUUGUACCGCAAUGUGUACGGCAUCAGGAACCCCUACUUCUUCUCCGGCGACAUCUUCCCCGGUGGCCUCCCUGAGAUGGGCAAGGUGUACGCCGACUACAUCCGUGACGCUGUGAAGCGCAAGGACUUCAAGUGCCGCCGCAAGCUUGACGGCAGUGUUGAUCUCCUCAUCGGCGGAUGGUCCCUCGGUGGUCUCCUCGCCCUCGAGGUGGCCAAGGAGCUGGCCGACGACAAGAAGAUCAACGUCGUGGGCAUGGUCAUGAUCGACUCUGUCUACACUGGUGUCGACGCCCAGCGCCAGCUCGCCGACAGCGAGGCCAAGCCCAUCAGCUUCUCCGAGGAGGGCAAGUCUCGCAACGAGAUCCUGUCCCUCCGCGCCAUGUCCGAGGCUGUCCGCAUGAUCGAGGACUGGACACCCCCCACAUGGGAGGGCCGUCUUGCCGGCAAGCGCCCCAAGUGCGUCCUCCUCCGCGCACGGGACUACUACCCCACCGAGGAUGGUGAGCUCAGCACCAUCGACGUCUUCCGGGACGAUGAUAUGCUCGGCUGGUCCGCAUACGACCCGAAGAUGUUCACAAAGGUGCUCGAGAUCCCCGGCCACCACUUUAGCAUCUUCGACAUGGACAAGGUCGACUCAACCACGCGCGGUCUGCAGAACGCUUUUGACAAGUUGACGCAGCCCUCGGCCCGUCAGCGCAUGCUCGCCGAACUCCAGUGCAUGUAA